CCUGAGAUAACAUUUGUUGAUGCCCAGGGACAGAACAUCAGUGCUGAAGACCCACAGAUUGAUGAAGAUUCCAGAACGCGGUGUUUCACAGCUACAAGGAGAGCGACUGUGCGGACUGCCAGCAGGGUCACCUGCAGAGUUCACCUGCCUGAAAUAAACGAGAUGAGGCACAAAGAGAUUCAUGUACCAGAUGGCUGCUUCAAGAGAACAGAGAGAGAGGGCACCUCCUGCACUGCAUUAAUUAUCAUUGCUGUUCUACUAACAACAGUUGUAACUGGAUCAAUCUCAUGUGCAUUAACUUCCCUCCUGUGGAAGAAAUGUGGCGACUCUGUGGGGAGAAGGAAAAUGCGGUUCUCACAGUCAUCACAACAGAGUUCAACACGCAGCAAUGCAGAGGGUCACAACACAAGAAACCAGGCUGAUCCCACUGGAAAUGCCACCACUGAGCACCUGAGAAGAAUCAGUGAACUGGAGUUGUCUCUUCGUGACAAAGAGGGAAUCAUCCGCCAACUAACUGAGGAACUCAAGGACCUUAGAUCUAUGCAGGGUCCUGUUGUGUGCCAGCAUGACCAACCUACGGUUGACAACAAUCCCUCCAAAUCCUCACCAGACGUCUCAAAACCCACUAACCUACUCCCAGACCAGUUUCCCCACGACGACAAUCCAAAACCAGCAGCCUUAAUCAGUAGCAAAAAUCCAAAAUCUGUGAAUUUACCCCAGAACAAAGAUUCAAAACCUGGCGUCGCAAUGCGAAUUCCAGCAUCCGGCCUACCGAUCCAAAGAGGCAGUCACAGACACAGCAGUCCUGCCCUUUUGACACAUGGCAGUGCUACGUUGCCAAGUGCUUCUUCAGCCUUGCCUUCGGAGGAAACGCACGUUGUCCGUUCGAUGAGUAUGUCUGAGUCUCGGCCUCGUCAAAACAGUUCCAAGAUCCAGCGAAGAUACACCACCUCAGCCAUGUCUUAUAACCGCUUUAAGGUUCUGGCAAAUUUGCCAGAAGAUGAUUCAGAGCCAUUGCUGUGAAUGAGAACAAAGAAAAACUGUGAUCCGUUGUUUUUGCGAGCGUAAGAAACUAAAAUUUGAGGUGAUCGACUCACAGCUGUAAGUUGGAUAGGAGUUUGGGUGGUUUUUGUAAGAGAAAAAAGUGACAUUACAGAUGUUUACAAAACUCUUGAUACUGAUGAGUUGCUGCUCAUUCAUCAGAUCUGAAAAGUGCAGCACAUCCUGUGAACCAAAGACCUGCUAGUGUGUAUAGAUGGAUGUAGACAUUUAAAACAAACAGUCUCUGCACACUUAAAGUGAUUCAGGUUUCUGGUCUUCAAACCUUGUGUGAUCCUAGAUUGAGAUCUAAAUUUCAAGUUCCACAUCAGCAACAUAAUGAAACUAGAAAAGCACUCAGAGAGAGCAGACCUCCGCCAAGUAGGUGAUAUUCCCUCCCCCUCUGCAUCAGAUUUUGCAGCCUGCAUCACAAUUAGGUUAUUUGCAUCACUAUCAUUAUUAGGUCAUAUAUGCCUUCACCAUGGAGGCACUGUGGUGUAUUUAUUUCGUUUUUAUUUUGUACCAACACAGAAUAUGGGUUUUUUGUAUUUUUCACUUUCUUUUUUUCCAACAUAGAACAUUAAUUUUAACUUUAGAAUUACAACAAUAUUUAGCAAGUAGAACAAGACGUGCUUUCCGGCCACCAGAUGGCGCUAUUUUCAUCGUCUUUUUAGAAAUUGGAAUUGCUGCUGAAGCUGUCAGAUGAUAGACUUUUUUAUUAUUUUAUCCACUUUGCUUCAACUGAUCACCACCAAUUUUAUCGUCUGUUCCUUGUCCCAUUAUCCACCUUUCCUUAAAAUUUCAUCAAAAUCCGUUCAUAACUUUCUGAGUUAUUUUGCAGACAAACAGACCAAUGCCGGUGAAAACAUAACCUCCUUGCGGAGGUAAAGAUUAUUUUUCUACCUAAGAAACAGCUGAAGUACAACCAUUUAAAAAUCAGAAAGAUGCUAAUUCAUGCCUUUAUUUCAAUCUGACUCGAUUACUGUGAUGCA